CUGCUUGUCCGAGUUGUUUACGAUCGAAAAAAAUGGAGUAUAGUAUGAACCAGCUACCCCAAGCGAUUAAUUCAGACGCUAAAACUCAAUCAUCAGAAAACCAAAACAGUGAGGUUGUGAGUGACAAUAGUGGCGGCCAAACUCUAGAUUCAGAAAAUGUUGAUUCCAAUACUCUUGCGGCCGUCCUACAAUUUCUGCAAAAACAUAACCUCAAAGGUACGGCUGACGCACUGAAAAAAGAAGCCCGACUCAAGGAGGAUCAAUUGAGAGAUGCGCAAGCACUUCAGGUUGAUUCUGAGGCAACAAACUUACUCUCAUCGUACAAGAGUGAAGGGGAUCCCAAUGCCUAUGAAAAAGCCUACCUUAGUUACAGAAGAUUUGUCGAAAGCUCCUUAGAUGUUUAUAAACACGAGCUGUCUUUAGUGCUGUAUCCACUCUUUGUCCACAUGUAUUUGGAAAUGAUUUACAACAAUCACGAAAAUGAAGCUUCUAAAUUCAUGGAACGCUUUUCAAUUGACCAAGAAGAUUAUUACCAAGAAGACCUUAAAAAAGUUUCUUUUAUCACCAAGAAAGAACACAUGAAGGGCAGUGACCUUAUGGAAAAUUUCAAGUCAAGCCAGUUCACGGUUCGAAUGUCACGUGAUACUUACUCGGUUUUGAAGCGGUUUUUGCAGGACAAAAACCAAUCUAUUGUCAUGAACGUCAUUCAGGAACAUUUAUACGUCGACAUGUACGAAGGGGUACCCCGGAACAAAGCUCAAGUGGAAUCUACGGCGGGAGCCAUGGAAGGCGAAGCCAAUAGACAAGUAAACAAGACCAAAAUCUAUUAUGGCCUGCUGAAAGAACCCGACAUUCAACUUUCGGUGGUAGAAGAGGAAGAGGAUGGAGAGCCGGGAGAAGGUGGCGAAAAACCCAAAAAGAAAAAACCUAAAAAGGAUCCUUUGCUCAAUAAGAAAGCCAAAAGCGACCCCAAUGCUCCCCCAGCCAGUCGAUUACCAUUACCAGAUUUGAGAGAUAUCGACAAACUGGAGAAGGUCAGAGCUCUACGUGAAGCCAGCAAGAGGGUGGCUCUUGGUCCAGACAGCUUGCCAUCCAUUUGUUUCUACACAAUGCUGAAUUGCGCGGAAACGGUAACGUGUGUCGAAUUUUGCGAAGAUUCUUCUCUUCUCGCUGCGGGGUUUUCUGAUUCAAUCCUGAAAGUGUGGAGCUUAGUGCCUCAGAAACUUCGUGCCAUGAAACCAGCCGAACAGUUGGCCGAUAUUGACAAGGAGGCAGAAGAUGUCCUUGUUCGUAUGAUGGAUGAUAAGACGGGUGAGACCAUGAAAGGUCUCUAUGGCCAUUGCGGGCCUGUUUAUUCUGCCUCGUUUAGUCACGACCGGACGUUACUGCUUUCAUCCUCGGAAGAUGCCACCAUUCGUCUCUGGAGUUUACAGACGUGGACUUGUCUUGUUGUUUACAAAGGCCAUAUUUAUCCGGUGUGGGAUGUCCGAUUUUCACCACAUGGAUACUACUUUUCAUCAGUCGGACACGAUCGAACUGCCCGUCUGUGGGCUACUGAUCAUCAUCAGCCCUUAAGGAUAUUCGCCGGCCAUUAUUCAGAUGUCGACGUAGUCCAAUUCCAUCCCAAUUCAAAUUAUGUCGCAACAGGGUCUAGUGACAGAAGCGUCCGCCUAUGGGACUGUGUCUCUGGCAACUGUGUUCGGCUAAUGACUGGCCAUAAAGGAACUGUAUCGGCGUUGUGUUUUUCAACCGAUGGUCGUUUUCUAGCGUCCGGUGGAGCUGAUCAAAAAGUCCUGUUAUGGGAUCUGGCUCACGGUCACUUGUUGGCUGACCUGCCUGGCCACACCAUGACGAUCUCUAGCCUGGCCUUCAGCCGAGAUGGAACUGUCUUUGCUACGUCCUCUUUAGAUGGUUCUAUUCAGUUGUGGGAUUUCUUCCGAAUGACGGAUGAAUCCUCUUUAGAGGAUGUCAACAUUUCAGGACACAAUCCGGACCUGCUGAAACGGAGCAACGUCAUCGAAUCUCUUCGACUGGCCCGUUAUCCGACUAAAGCCACACCUGUCAUGUCACUGCAUUUCACGCGAAGAAAUUUGCUCCUAGCCGCCGGCAUGUUCGAAGGCUAAAUCAUCCGAUUUAUCAUUUAGAUAAUUUUUUUUAAUAAUUAAAAUACAUAUAACUUUGUCUCUUA